AUGGCUAUCGGCCAGAUCCCAAGAAAGGCAAAAUUGGUAAGUCCCAGCUUUAUUUCGCAUUUGAUUGUUCCAGUACUAACAAACACAACUUUAUCUCAGUCUAAACUAAUCGGCUUUAAGGUUAAAGUCACAUCUACAAAUACCUCAGAGUACAUAGGGACGCUGCUUUCAUUUGAUGGGUAUAUGAAUAUUGUACUUUCAGACUGCGAGGAGUUCCGUCUUACCAAAAAAUCACAACUUGAGCUUCGAAAGCAAACCAAACAGAAGAAGUAUAUCAUUGAUGAAUCGGUAAUAAAAGAGCAAAAACGGCUUUUGGGCUUGGUGAUCAUCAGGGGAGAGAACGUGAUUAGUGUUGUUGCUUUAGCGGCACCAAAUAAGUUGGAUGCAAAGCCUCAUCUUCGUCUCAAGAGGGGAAAGGGUGUGGUGAAGCCUGUUUUGAAGACUUUGAAUGGUGCACGGGCGGGAAGUAGGUGA